UUAGACACAGUCUCGGACACCACUCAGCUGCAGAGAUGAGUAACCAAACAGUAACCUAUGCAGAACUGAAUCUGGCUAAGGACUCAAGGAGACAGCAAAUAAAACCUAAGGGCGCUAAGAGCUCCAUUUCAGUAACUGAGCAGGAAAUAACCUAUGCAGAAUUAAAUCUUCAAAACGCUUCACACGAUCUACAAGGGAAUGACAAGAACUACCACUGCAAAGAUUUUCCAUCACCUCCAGAGAAACUCAUUGCUGGGAUCCUGGGAGUCGUCUGCCUUGUCUUGCUGUCCACUGUGGUAACAAUAGUUGUUAUUCCCUCUCCUGUAAUACCAGAGCAAAGCAAUUCAUCCCCAACAACAAGGAUCGAGAAAGUGCAUCAUUGUGGUCGUUGUCCAAAGGAGUGGAUUACAUAUUCCAACAACUGCUAUUACAUUAGUAAUGAAACUAAAACAUGGACUGAGAGUCAGAUGGCCUGUGCUUCCAAGAACUCUACUCUGCUUCUUAUAGAUGAUGAAGAAGAAAAGCAAUUUCUGAGUUCUUUAUCACUUGUAUCAUGGAUUGGAGUCUUCCGUAACAGCAGUGAUCAUCAAUGGAUGUGGAUAAAUGGUUCACCUUCCAAACUAAAGAUAAAAGAAUCAUCAAAGGGUAAAUAUAACUGUGCUAAGCUAAACUCACAUGGCCUCCUAUCAAGUACUUGUGGAUCUUCAGAAGUGUAUCUUUGCAAGCAUAAGCUAUGGAGUUAAAAACUGCAGUUGAGGUUCUGUUAGAUAACUUGAUUUUCAUGAGAUGGAAAUAAUAUUAUGAUUGUAUACACUUAAAAUUAAUUAUAUUAUUUGUUCUAAUAAUGAAAAAAAAAUUGUAAUAACUAUUGGAAAAUAACAU